GGAAGCGCGUAUGUGCCUGCGCCGUGCCCAUCCCUUAUUUCCGCUUCCCGUCCCGACCCGUCCCGGCGCUUCCCGCCACCCGUAUCUCCGAGGAAAGGUUGCCCGCGGGGCUCGCCAUCCGCCCGCCAGGAUGUCGUACAUGCUGCCGCACUUGCACAACGGGUGGCAGGUGGACCAGGCCAUCCUGUCGGAGGAGGACCGCGUCGUGGUCAUCCGCUUCGGGCACGACUGGGACCCGACGUGCAUGAAGAUGGACGAGGUCCUGUACAGCAUCGCCGAGAAGGUUAAAAACUUUGCUGUUAUUUAUCUUGUGGAUAUCACUGAAGUACCAGACUUCAACAAGAUGUACGAGUUGUACGAUCCCUGUACUGUCAUGUUUUUCUUCAGGAACAAACACAUCAUGAUUGAUUUAGGUACAGGUAAUAACAACAAGAUCAACUGGGCAAUGGAAGAUAAGCAAGAGAUGAUUGACAUUAUAGAAACUGUUUAUAGAGGAGCCCGCAAAGGUCGAGGUUUGGUGGUAUCGCCAAAAGAUUAUUCCACUAAAUACAGAUACUGACGUUUCUUUGGGCUGCCUUUUCCCUCAACUCUACAUCCACUUGAAUUUAUUGUUGCGUGUGUACAUAUAUGUAUAUUAAAAAAAACCAACCUACAAAUCCUUGAACUUUGAGCAUAAUUUUAAUUAUUUAAAAGGUUUAAAAUCUGUUUGAAAAGUAGAAGACUCAAAGCCUGUGACUGUCUUGACUGCAGUAUUAUUGUAGCUGAAUUUUGGGGUUUUAUUUCUAAAGACUUUACUCUUUGUUGUCCUUUUGGUAUUAUGUAUUUUUGUACACAGAAAGCCUGUUUGGAGAAAAACAUUUUGACUGUUUUUGUCUGCUUUUGUUACAAAAAUAUCUGGGAAAACUAUAUUCUUUUUAAAAGAAUAAAGUGAGAGUUCCACAUA